UGGCGUUGAGCUGGGGCUUCCAGCACAAGUUAUAAGGAAUUCUCACCAAUGUAAAUGGGUACAGGUUGUCCAUAAAGCCCAUGAAGAAAUAGGGGUGUUUAAGGAGUAUUCAAAUCCAAUAUCGAAUGCGCAGAAAAAGCAUGAAUCAGAAAUUGAACUUUGCAAACUGUCUGACUUCGUCCUAACGAUUGGACCCAAGUUAACUGAAGCUGUUCGUCGAUCCUGUGAAAAAGAUAAAUGUUUCUUUGAGUUCACUCCCGGAAUUCUGGCCGAGUUUUCUGGUCUUAAGCAAGUUCACGAGGAAAGGAAAACGUUUAGAGUUCUGUGCUUUGGGUACGGAAAUCCAGAGGACUUUAUGCUUAAUGGAUUUGAUAUUGCGGCAGGCGCUGUUGCUAAAUUAAGUAAUUGUCACCUCGUAUUUAUCAGUGCAGUUGAUGUCAAGCUAGAAGAUACAAAACAUCGUCUCCUCGAGUGUGGUAUCUCCCCCAACAAGUUAAAAUUACGGAGCCUUUUCGAUUGCCAGGAAAGUUUAGAAAGGGAGCUUCUUGAAGCAGAUCUUGCGGUUAUGCCCUCGAGGACAGAAGGCUUUGGUGUAAUAGGCCUUCAAGCUCUAUCAGCAGGAUUACCCAUCCUUGUAGGUCGAAACUCGGGAUUGGGAGAGGCUUUGAUGAAAGUUUCAUUUGGUUCGUAUUUUGUUGUUGAUUCAAAUGAUCCUGAAGUAUGGGCCAAGGCAAUUAAGAAUAUCCACAACAAAGAGAGGGCCACGAGACUGCGGGAAUGCGAAGUGUUGCGUGGGUUUUACCAAGAGACGUAUAGCUGGGAGGAGCAAAUUAAAUCUCUCAUCGAAAAAUUGAUCAGCAUUACUGAUGAACCUCCCAGAGAUUGUCAAGGUUUCAACCGAGGAGCCAUAUUUCCUGAUCAGCAAACGGAAGUCACCAUCGACUCCCAUACAGAGGUGUCUGUUCGUCCACCCUCAGGGUAUCAUACUCUGCCAAUUGUAAUGGAUCUCAAGCGGGCUAAGAGAAAGCGAAAUGACGAAGAACAGCAAGAAGAGUUGAAUCGGCAUAUAAUGGGCGAGAUGACUAAAUGUUUUGUCGAAACACACGCUGCUCAAAUCCCGUCGCAAAACUUUUGUUGGGGUCUCUAUUACUACCUACAAGGUGCGCUCGAUUUAAGAGUAAAACAAGCUGGUGAAGGAAGUUUGAGAAUAAUAGUCGAAUGCAGGACUCUGGAAAUCCUUGAGCGACUUUGGGAAGAUUACAGCUCCGGUCACCUAAAUGCCAUAGCAGAAGAACAUCUUUUAACAGAUGAGGUAAAAAGGAAAUAUGAUGUGGAAUCCAUAGAACUGGAAACGACCAUUUUGAGAGAAGAUUACUUUGCUUGCAAACUGUCAUUCGCAGGAAACAUAGAAGUUACGUCUACUGAUGCCAAAAAAUCAGAGAUCCCGCUUACUGGUAAAGUGGUUCCAACCAGGGGUGACGACAAAAAUGGCUUCCAUGCUUCCGAAAAAGGUCUCACACCAUCUAAUGAUGAAAAGGUCACUGCUGUCGUCACUGCGGAUACUCAAGGAAGCAUAGAACCUUCGUCUGCUGAUGCCAAAAAAUUAAAGAUCCCACUUACUGGCGAAGUGGUUCCAACCAGCAGUGACGACAAAAGUUCGGGCCUCCAUGUUUCCGAAAAAGGUUUUACACCAUUUAAUGAUGAAAAUGUCACUGGUGUCGUCACCGCGUGUACUCGAAGUGAAACUGCAGAAAACACCCAGAGAUUUCCAUUGGUGUCGACGGAAGAGAAGAUUGAGAGAACAGCUGAAAAGGAUGACGAUGGAUUUGAUUUGAUUAGGCCUACCUUGAUCCAGCAGUUGAGAAAAAUCCUGGAUCAGUAUCCAGAUGAUGGCCAGAUAUUGAAGGAGCUCAUCCAAAAUGCGGAGGAUGCAUGUGCAAGUCGCGUUAAAUUCCUUCAUGACAAACACUGCCAUUCUGUUUCCAAACUAUACCACCAAGGUCUUGCUCAAUUUCAGGGCGCAGCACUUUAUGCAUAUAAUGACGCUCAGUUUACAAAAGAUGACUGGAAGGGCAUACGGAAGUUGUGUGAUAGUAUUAAAGUCACAGAUCCAAUGAAAGUUGGCCGUUUCGGUCUUGGCUUUAAGUCUGUUUUUCAUAUGACAGAUUUACCAAGUAUCGUAAGUGGUUCGCAGAUCGGAGUGAUUGAUCCGCACGAAGAGUACUUUAGCGACGAAAACGGCAAACGAACCGGGCAUAGGUGGCAAUUGAAAGAGGACCGAGAGAUCAUAGACAGCAUACCAGACCAGUUUCAGCCAUACAAAGGGAUACUCGAUUGCACAGAGGACACCUUCAAACAGGAAUCCUAUAAUGGAACUAUGUUUCGUUUCCCUUUAAGAACAAAACCAUCUAAGCUAUCGCAGACGUUAUACACUACCCAAAAGGUGCAAACCUUGUUUGAAAGUUUUGAAGCAGAUGCUCAUUUGAUCCUUCUCUUUCUUCAGUACUUGGAAUCCAUAGAGCUUUUUGUUCGAGAGGAAACGGAAAGUGACGCCAAGAGAACUUUUCAAGUCCGCAUCACCAAUGAUACCCUCCAAUUGGUACGAGAAAAGAGGAGUGAGUUUCGAAGCAAGAUCUCAUCAGGUGAACUAUUGCCAGAGGCUGUGAAGGUAACUUAUCCAAUCACAAUUGAGGCAAUUACGUACUCCCAAGGCAUGCAAAAUCCGUCAGAGCGACAUUCGUUUCUAGUUACCAACUUUUUUUGUGGAGGAGAAAUCUCGUCAGAAUUUAGAACCUUGGCUUCGGAUCAAGAUCUUAGCUAUCUGCCUUUAGUAGGCGUCGCCAUGGCGCUGCCAGAACGCCCUGAAAAUGAAACGCCAAAUAUCAAAGGCCACGUGUUUUGUUUCCUACCACUACCAGUACAGAAGACAAGUUUGACAGGAUUGCCAGUGCACGUUAAUGGCUUCUUUGCUUUGAGUCAGAAUAGGCGAUACAUUAAGACUCCAACAGCUGAACAGGAAGAUCUGGCUGAGAAGGAAGGCCAGCCCCUGACUGACAAGUCAUUGUUAUGGAACCAGUGUCUUCUGCAAGAGGCCAUUCCUAAAGCUUACGCUUCCGUGCUGCUGGAUGCCAUGGACAAACAGAAAUACAAUGUGCAAAGCGAAGCCAUUUACAAGGCCUGGCCUAAUAUAGCCAAUAUCGAUCAGAAAUGGAAAAGAGUCGAGAAACCCCUAUUUGAGUUGCUUCUUGACAAGAGAAUCAUCUAUACUCCGGCUCAAGGAGGAAAGUGGCUGCGGGUGCAAGACGUGAUCGUUGAAAGACUUGCAGAAAGCGAUCCUAAGGAACUUUUGGUAAACGUUUUCCUUGCAGUGAAUGAAAACGUCGCCUGUUUACCCGAACACGCUUUAAAAUCCAUUUGCUUGUACUCAACUUUGAAUGCAGUGAUAACACCCUCGUUGACGCGAAGAGUCCUUAAGAGUGCUCCCUUUAACUACUCAAAGUUAACACGGUUAGAAAAGCUCCUGCUACUGAAAUUUGUCCUCCAAGACGGUUGCUUUUCUGAGGUACUUGGAUUGGAGCUGUUACCGAUUUCCAACGAGCUAUUCGCGUCUUUUUCCAGUUCGGGCGAGGCUGUUUACAUUUCUUCACCAGCACAUCCGCGUGAGCUCUUACCGUGCCCGCAACAAAAAUUCUUAGAUGAGAGCAUCAACCAAGAUUUGUCACGAAACCUGGAUGUAGUCGCAAAUCAAGGAUGCACUCAAUUACGACAUUUCACUAAAGAUGACGUUGCUGAACUUCUCUCGACGUCACUACCACCUGGUUGGUCAGACGGACAAACCGUUUUGUGGUAUCCUGGAGUCGGAAGCCAUCCGUCCAUAGACUGGCUUGGAAAUUUGUGGGCAUACCUGGGAAAGAACUUCUCCUCAGUAGACGAGCUUUGCAGACUUCAAGGCCUGCCCCUACUUCCACUGGAUGUGUCGAAAGUUCCGAUUACCCUCGUGAGACUUAAAUUGCAAUCUGAUGUUGUCGUGAGAAGCCUUCAUGGUGAUUCUUUAAGCGACUCUAUUGUAGGAGCUUUGCAAGAAUUUGGUGUUACAGUAAUGCAAGAGUAUCCAGGGUUCCUUACUCGGCACCCUGCCGUUUUGGGAACGUUUGUUCAUCCGCCAUCAACUCUCAGCGUGUUGAAAGCCGUGACAGCUGUCCUUUCCUUAAAGCCUAACGCCAGCAAAACCAUAUCAGACAAUGGUAAACGAUAUUUUAGGAAUUUUGUAGCCAAAGCCUCUUCGCUCAGUCCAGACGUGGUGAAAGUCUUGAGUUGUUUUCCGCUGUUUGAGACUUUGUCCGGAGCAUUUGUUUCUAAAAGUGAUGGCCUUUGUGCUGCGCCUGACGAAGUGUUCCCAAUAAAGACCCUCAGGGAUCUCAUUGACGUCAGAGAGAGUGACGCUAAGAGAUUGGCAGGUUUGUUAGACAUCAAAAUCCUGACACGUUCUGAGGUUUUGCUUGAGGUGAUAUUUCCGGAUCUGGUAGGUCAGCGUUACUCUUCAGAAGAUAUUGACAGGCUCAUGGAAUUCGUGAUGGAUCGAUAUCACGUUUACACUGCAGAUGACGCAAGGUUUGAGCAUCAGUUAAAAGACCUGCCCUUUGUCUCAACCAAAACUGGCAGAGUAAGACCUAAGGAGGUAUUUGAUCCUAGACAAGAAGUCCUAAAAAGAAUUUUUGCGGAAGAAGAUGUGUUCCCUGUUGGAAAGUACAAUCACCCUGCAGCCCUCGUAAUUCUAGAGUACCUUGGCAUGAAAGGCGCAGGAGAAAUCACAGGGCAAAAUUUGUACGAAAGCGCAAAAGCAUUGACUAAUAUUGCUGACUUUUCUGCAGCGGAAUCGAAGUCAUCAGCGAUCAUGUCAUUCCUAACUAGUAAUCCGACAAAACUUGAAGAGGUCUUCUCCGGAACGUCUGGAUUAGGAAAGCUCGGGAUGCACCUUAAAAGUAUUCCUUGGAUCUCUGUGAUCAGGCGAAAACCCGAUAACUACCCCGAAAGUCUUCCGUUCUGGGGAGAAACGCACACAGACAGUUAUUUCCUGAAGCCUUCAGAUGUCAAGUACAAACAAGCAGCAAACAUCAUUGGAUCGGUGAGACCACUUGUUAAAGCUGAGCCAUCCAGCCAAUUAACCCAUUUCUUUUCAUGGAACUCAGACCCUGCUGUUUUGGAUGUCGUGCAGCAUUUGCAGAAUGUAAUACGUUGCUACAGCUCACAAGACAAGCCGCGUUAUAUCAUCGUCGCUCAGGAAAUAUACGCCUUUCUCAGUCGUGCAGAUCAAAACGAAGUACUUGCUGCUUUGGAGAAUGUCAAGAACGCUCCGUGGAUUUGGAAUGGAGAUAGAUUUUCUUCCCCUAGAUUCCUGCUAUCUCAGAAACCUCCGAUUGAUCUGUCACCAUAUAUCUGUUCCCUUCCCUCAGAAGUGGCGAGAUUCAAAGGGCUAUUUAUAAAAUUUGGCGUACUAGAGAAGUGCAAUGAUGCAUUCUUGCUGGAGGUGCUCCACCUAAUAAAAGAGAAGUACGAUAACCAUCCUCCGCCUCCCUCGGAAGAGCCACGGAAGGACCUGCAGUUGUCUGUGGACAUUCUGAAUGAAAUUAAGCCAAAGGUUGGAGAACAGUUGCCGCCAGAACUUCAGGAGAAGGUACUCAUUCCGACAUAUGUGGAAGACGAUGCGUAUGUUAAGCUUGCACCAGUUGAUAAAUGCAUGUACUGCGAACAUGAAUGGCUAGAAAGAAGUAAGCACGACGGAGAAGAAGACGAAGAGAUGGAUUAUUUUUAUGUCCAUCCAAACGUUCCCAACAGCACAGCUGAGCUUUUGCUCGUUCCAACGUUGAUGAAUCGAAUGUUGGAGCAAGACGAGCUGGAUAUCGGGGAGGAAUUCGGACAAGAAGAAAAACUCACCCGUAGACUUAGCAGACUUUUGGAAGAUUACACAGAUGGUUUUGCAGUACCCAAAGAACUUGUUCAAAACGCAGACGAUGCAGGUGCCACUGAAGUGAGAUUUCUUUAUGACGAACGAACGAAUCAGGAUGCCAUGACCUGUCUGAUUGACGAAGAAAUGAAACACUGCCAGGGUCCUGCUCUGUGGGUCUACAACGAUGCCGAGUUCAGAGACGAGGACUUUGCAAACAUCACAAAAUUAAACGGUGCUACCAAAGAACAAGAAACUGAGAAAAUUGGCAAGUUUGGACUUGGUUUCAAUGCAGUCUACAAUCUGACAGAUGUUCCGAUGUUUUUGAGCAGAAAUUAUUUUGUGAUUUUCGACCCGAACACAUUCUAUCUCGGAAAGGCAAUAAGAAACAAGAGCAAACCUGGAAUAAAGAUAAAUAUCAACAAAAACACAAAGAGGCUUCGGAAUCUCAGCAAUCAAUUUAAACCGUUCAAUGGAAUAUUUAAUUGCGAUCUCCACCUGAGUAAAGACGACAACUCUUACCCUGGAACUCUGUUUCGUUUUCCUUUACGUACCAAAGAGCAAGCUAUCAAAAGUGAAAUAAAGCAACUUCCUUACGACAACAAACAAAUGAAAGAACUCCUGAAGCUUUUCGCCUCUGGAACCAAAACCCUCCUUCUCUUCACGCAAAAUGUACGCCGUGUCAGCAUUUUUCAUCUACCGAAAGAUUCGGACUAUUCCAAUUCACCCAUGUUAAUGUUUGAAGUAAACAAAUCCUUUUAUAACGACGGAGUCACAAGGGAACUUUCUGUUCCAGUCACACUUCCACAAGCUGCUGGGAACCUCAGUAGUGAAGAGCAGUACCUAUUGCAACAGUGUAAUUUUUUACGAGCGUCCUCCGAAGUCAUGAAGCAUUUGAAACAUCCCAUUUGCUCCAAUUCAGUUUCACUAAGUUCUGGGCUCACAAUUACCAUCCGAAGUACCUCCACUGAGGUUGGAAUAGCAUUUGUCGAAGACAAGAACCCUCUCCGAGAUGAACUGGAGAUUUGGCGUAUUGCCUCUUCCAUGGGGAAAGGACAAGCAAUGCAGUUUGCCAAGGUUGAUAAGAGUCUACUCCCAUCAGGAGGGGUUGCAGCUAAGUUGAUCCCCAAUGAGUGUGGAAAACUCAUGCCCGUGCCAGUCGGCUAUCUGAUCGCCGAGAAUGUGCAACAACCCAAGGGAAGAUUGUUCUGCUACCUUCCUCUUCCGAUCUGUAGUGGUUUUCCAGUACAUGUGAAUGGGGCAUUUGCGGUGGCGUCUAACAGGCGAAGCUUGAAAGAGAAGACAUUCGAUGACAAAAGUUCUAUGGGAGUCGAGUGGAACAAUCAUCUGAUGCAAGAUUCAAUUUGUGAGGCAUAUCUAGACCUUCUCCAGGACGUAAAGAAGUUGGCUGCUGAUUCUUACCAUUAUCACGCACUGUGGCCUAGAGCUUAUGCAGUAGAGCCGAAUUGUGAACCUCUUGCACGUUCAUUUUACCAACGUUUGACACGUGGAGACUAUGAUCUCUUUUCCGAUGGUAGGCAAUGGGUUGGGUUAAACCAUGUGGUCUUUCUUGAUCCAAAUUUACGCCAAGUUCCGAUAAUUGGGGAAUUGUCCUUAGAAGUUCUAAAAAGACUGAGAAAAGAGAAUGAGGUCAUCAUUGACCUUCCAGCUGAAGUCUUCCAGUCCUUCCUUAAGUAUGAUCUCGCAGAAGAGAUCAAGGACAAAAGCUACGACAAGUCAAGGUUUUUCCGUGACUUGUUCUUCCCAAACAUUGCUUCUAUAGCACCAGAAGUGAGGGAAAAGUUGGCAUUGUAUACUCUUGAUGACAAGAAUGGAGAGUUUGACGGUUUGAUUAAGAUGUAUCCUUGCAUUCCCGCUUCACCGGAUGGCCAAACGCUCAAGUGUCCCGCCCAACUUAUCAACCCCCAAAAGACAGCAUCCUUACUCUUUAGUCCUGACGAGAGAAGAUUUCCGUUUGGUACAGAGAAAACUUUUCUAAAUGGCUUACGACUUGCCAAGCUUGAACAACUCGGGAUGUUGACAGACAAACUUACGUGGGAUGAAGUUGUAGAGAGGGCAGAGAGCAUUGCCACUUUAAGUGAGCUCUCCAGUACAUCUGCAAUGGAGCGCGCCAAAGCAUUGAUGGAUCAUCUAACAGAAAAAUUGAUCUCUGAAAGUGAAACUUCUGUAACGGUUGACAUUCGCAACAAGUUUAUAAAGACCAGGUUUCUUCCCGUACUUAAAAAACCUGAAAAAUUUCCUCUUCUUUGGAAAGGAGAGGAACUGCACGGUGGUAAAACAAGGGCAUUCGUUUCUCCCGUAGAGUCCUAUCUUAAGAGCAAGAAGUAUUUGGUUUGUUGCAGUGAUCCAAUUGUCGCCAUGUACAUCCCAGAAAACGUGAAAACGUUUUUGGACUUCGACAAAAGACCUGCCACUGUUGGUCAUGUUCAAAGGCAACUUGAGGUUGCUUCAACAGUAAACAUGGACAGAUUGGAUUCCUCAGAACUUCAUCACGUUAAAGAGUUGUGUAUAGAAGCUUACACGUAUCUUCAGCGAUCACUCAGCAAAGAAACGAUCAGCGAGACAGAAAUAAGGGAGAUUUUUAAAGAAAAAAAGCUCAUCUUCUUUGGAAGAAAUUUUUUAUACACGGAGCAGUUAGCUUUCAGAUUGGGGACGGAUUGUUCUCCAUAUUUACAUCAGCUUCCGACUGACUUAGCAAGGUUAUUUGAAAAGUUAAUGAAGAGUGCAGGUGUGAAGGCUUCUUUUGAAGCCAAGGAUUUCGUCGCCUGUUUGACGCAACUAAAAGAAAGGUUUGGGGAAGCAAAGCUUGAUCAAAGGAGUCUUCCAGUAGCAGUUAACCUGGCUUUUCAACUUGGACACUGCUCAGGUGUUAAAAAAAUUGAGGGCCCUCAAGAAGUGCUCUUUCUUCCUGAUUCUAAAGGUGUAAUGCGAAGUGCUGAUGAACUUUGCACGAGAGACUGCCAUUGGAUGCCCGACGAAAUUGGUGUUCACUUCGUCAAUGACAUGAUUCCCCCCGUGGUAAGUACCAGACUGGGCGUCAAGACACGCCGCGAGGAAGCAUUGAGGCAUUUCUCAAGUGGUAUCCCUUUUGGACAAAAGGAAAAACUUACAAAUCGUCUACAGCGAAUUCUUUCAGCUUACCCGUGCGAGAAAGAAAUCUUAAAAGAGCUUCUUCAGAAUGCUGACGAUGCGCAGGCUACUGAGAUCUGCUUCAUUAAAGACCCUCGACAUCACCCAGACGAAAGAGUAUUUGAAGAUUCCUGGAAACCCCUGCAGGGUCCUGCAUUAUGCGUAUAUAACAACAAACCUUUCACUGAGGCCGACAUCAUAGGAAUUCAAAAUCUCGGGGAGGGCAGUAAAGGAGAUGAUCCAAACAAAACUGGUCAGUACGGAGUUGGUUUCAAUGCUGUGUACCAUCUGACUGACGCACCGUCCUUUGCCUCUAAUGGUGAGGAGAUUGGAGACGUUUUGUGCAUAUUUGAUCCGCACUGUAAAUACGUACCAGGUGCAACCAGUCUUGAACCAGGUAGGAUGUUCAGAAAAGUCUCAAUGUUGAGAAAAGUCUUUCCAGAUGUUUUUGCUUGCUACAAUGAUGAGGAGUUUCCCUUACGAAAUUCAACAAUGUUCCGUUUUCCGUUACGAACUGAAGAAAUGGCGAAUGAUUCCAAGAUAUCGAAAUCACCGGUGACGCUCCAAGCACUAGAUGAAAUGAUGAACGCACUUAAAAAGGAACUCAUCGAAGUCAUGCUUUUUGUCAACAACAUUACUAGGAUCACUCUAUGUGAAGUUGAUCCGAAAACCGGGAAAACUAUGAACCACUAUUUUGUCGAAUCGAAAAUGACGGAAGAGGAUGCAGAGAAAAGGCAAGAGUUUGCAAGUCAUGUCCGACAGAUCGGAAAGUCAGCUGGCCAGAGAAAUAACACUUUUCUCAACGACAUUAAAAAGAAAAAGUGUUCUUAUGUUCUGAACCUGCGAGACAGUGAUGGCAACCAAGAAAAGUGGCUUAUUGUACAACAGAUUGGCUUUGAUAACAAAGUACAAGCAAGUAUUACAAAUGCAUACCAAACGAGUGAUCUGGGAAUGCUACCACGAGGGGGAGUUGCUUGCCUCCUAGAAAAUGAGCCAACAAACAGCUGUUCAGGAAGUAGAAAGAAAAGGGCGUACUGCUUUCUUCCGCUUCCUAUAGAGACUAACCUUCCAGUCCACAUUAAUGGUCACUUUGCAUUAGACCAUGAGGCCAGACGAAACCUUUGGAGGGAUGAAACUCGUGGUUAUCGUAGUGACUGGAACAACGCUUUGCUAGAAGAUGUGAUUGCACCCUGUUAUCUAACACUUCUAGAUGAAGUUAGGGAGUUUCUUCAUUUGCCAUCAGCGCCCGAUACGAAGCAAUUUACUAUUCAGUACACUAAGGAGUCUUUGUCCAGGAAGAUCGACGUAUACGAAAUGCUAUUUCCUUUGGUAGUUUCGGGUGAAACAUACUGGGCGACCUUAGGAAGAGCUGUGUAUCGAAAGAUGAACGAGGGAAGAUUGAGACUUCUGCCGGUGGUCAGAGGUGGUGGAUCAGAAGGUACUGUUUCGGAGCAUCGCCUAACAUGGCUUCCUCCAACGGGUGAAGGGAGAGAAAAAGCGUUCUUCAAUAACCUUGCUGAAAGUGGUUGUUUCUCUAGUAACUCGAGGGGUUUCCUUAAUAAAGGCGACACUGAAAAAGAAGAGAAAGGACUUCUUGAGAGCAGAAAGAGAUUAGAAGAAAUACUACUGGAAACGGGAUUUAAUCUCGUGAAGUUGUCGUUAUCUGUGUGCGAAGCAUUCCACAACUCAUGUGUAGAUUGUGUUAGCGUAUCACCUUCUGCAGUAAUAAGGUUUUACAAGACCUUCAAUAAUGCUGAACCUAUUUGUCAGAUUGGACCGAUCUCUCUUGAUGUUGAAGAGAGUCAAUUUAAGAGUACUGACAACGUCUCACUUCUGCUGAAGUAUUGCAAAGAGGAUACGAACUUUCUUUCAAACCUGUCUGGCCUCCCUUUACUUGUGACACAGGACAACCAGCUACGUGCAUUCAGUACCAGUGAUCCUAAGUUUCUGUCGCGUCAUCACAACAUCCUACCGCUAUGCAGAGAAUUGUUUGUUCAUGAACGUCUCAGGAUACGCAUCUUUGGCGAUGUAAGUAUUCAAGAAUCAUCGGUGUUUAAGCGUUUUGGUGUUCAAGACUUUGCCACAAACUUGAAUCGAUGCUUACCAUCGGAGUUUUUCAUUGAAGACGACUAUGUCAGGUGGUUCCCAACGGAAGAAUCAUUGCCUAAUAAGCACUGGGUGCAGGGAGUUUGGAAUUUCCUUAAUGAAGAAACGAAUUAUGUUUUAAGGAAAAUUGAGCAAAGUGAAAGAGAGAAAAGCACCUCUGCAAAGCAAGAAGGGAAAGUCGAAAAGAUUCAAAGAAUGCUUCAACCUCUUUUUAACUGGAGUAUCCUUCCGUGUACUGAAACAAGCCAAAUGACAUCAACAUAUGGAAGCAUUGUUGAAACACCAGAGCACUACUUAGCACCCUUGAGCCUCGCACAGUCUGUGAUUGACUUUGCAUGUUACGAUGAGAGUAGCAAAUUUCUUGUGGAAGCUUUGAAGCGGCUCAACUUAGCUGAGAUGAACUAUACUCUACUGGUAUCAGAUUCUUGUUAUCUAGCACGCAUGCUCGUAGCAUCACUUAAAACACCAGAAUCUCUCCUCAAAUGCUUUGAGCAGAAAUUGAAAAAAAAGCCAAAUGCAUUUGAUGACAUAUUGAACGUCACAGAAUGUCACAUCAUUUUGAAGUGCUUCAGUGACAGCGUGAAAAGGUUGUCAGAACGUGACAAACCUACGCUGAAAAGGCUUCCCUUCUACAAAGAAACUCACGGUGGACUAAUAAGUGUAAGCAAUGCAGCGGUUUGGGUCAUACCUUUUGAUGUUCCACGGAAGGAGAUGGACGUUCUUGGACGUGGAAGAAAUGUCAUUUUUCUGGAAGAGUGUCUUUCACUGGCUCCUCUUUUUCAAUUUCUUCAAUUCCAAUGUAUUUCCUUAGUUGAUGUAUAUUGUACCUUCAUUCUGCAAUCCUUCGACAUUUUCAGUAAAGAGGCAAGGUUUGCUCACCUGGAACAUAUCCGUCAUUAUAUUCUUCCCAACAGGUCAAUCAAUGACAAUGACAAGAGCAGGCUGCUGGCUUGUUUGAAAAACACACCGGUCAUUACUUGCGAAGACGGAAGCUUAAGGAAGGUAUCCUCCUUCUACGAUCCCCGUAAUGAGGUCUUCAAAAUUAUGCUUGCGAAGGACAUGUUCCCCCCAGAACCUUUUAACGAACGAAGUUGGUUGUUGUUUUUGGAAAAGUUCGGGCUCACAUGUGUUGUUUCGAGAGAUCUUUUCAAGAUUUUUGCUGGAGAAGUCGCUCUGGAAGGAGCUACACGACGUUCAAAGGAUACCGAUGAAAAAUCGAAAGUAUUGGUGAAGCACCUUUUUACUCGACAGAAUGUAGUAGCAGAAGGGCUUCUACAGGCUGUUUGCGACAUUAGCUUUGUGGCGACUGAACCUGUCGAGAAAGAGUUUCGCGAGCUGCAUCAGCAGUUUGGUGAGGCGAGUGGCCAAACCCCAUACAUUUCAUUCAAAGGAUCUGUGUUUGCAGAGCACGCAGAGAUAGUCUGGACCGCAGCAUCUCUGCUUCCACGAUGGGCAAAUCCUUGGAACUACCAGUACGUAAUUAUAGUGCCAGGUGGGAUGAGUGCCGAUGAUUACUACAAGUCUAUCUGUACCUUACUUCAGGUUCUGACAGAGCCUACCCUUGAUCUGGUCACUGUCCACUGUCAAAAUGUAUGCUUUAGGCUGGAAAAAGAAAAUUACCGCGAUGUGCUGGAAGAGGAGAGAUGCACCAGAAUUUCAGUAAUGAGAGGCAUAUACGCGUUCCUUCAAAAAAAGGCCAUCUCAAACACCAUUGUAAAAGAAAGGCUGGCGGAUACUCCUUGUAUUUUGGUAGAAGAGGGAAGUCGUUUUGUUCGCUCCAAACAAAUAGUUCUGGAAUUGUAUAGAAAAGAUGAAAUAAGACCCUUUCUUUAUGUAAUGCCCGCAGAGUUAAGUGCGUUUAAAACGCUCUUCCAAUCUUUGGGAUCUUCACCAUCUGUAAAACCGUGUCACUACGCCAUGGUGCUAGAUAUGUUACAGAGGCAAUCGAUGGGAAACAUGCUGGAACCAAAUGAGGUUGCCCUCGCUUCAAGAGCGGUGAAAGGUCUCUUCGAAACGCUUCAAGACAAUCCAGAUGAAACGGAUGGUAUAUCUAUUCUGUACCUACCAUCUGCCCGUCUAUUUAGUGGCAGUGCGGAUAAAGAAGUACCACCUAUCGUGUUGACGAGAUCAACAGAACUACUAUUUGAUGACGCCCCAUAUUACCACGAUCGAAUUCGAAAAUUUCACUUUCCCCUUGUUGUCGACCUCAGGAAAGCUGGGGUAUGCAUCAAGUCCGAUGCAAAUUACAAAGACCUUGUGAAGCGUCUUCCCGCCGCUGUCCAACCUCAGAUGAUGUCCGAAGUUAUCGAAGAGAAAAUCGUGGAGGAUGAUGAUACUUCAGUUUUCGAAUUUGGGGCUGCAGGCUCAUUGAAGAAUAAAUUUAACUCUGAGCUGUUCUAUCGUGGAAUUGUUAGGCUCAUCCGUCACGCCAAUCAAGAUGGAGGUUUUGAUCAAAAUGAAGUCGCAACUGUGAGGAGUAGUCUGCAAGACAUUGAAUUCUUUGGAAUGGACAAGGUUGUUACUCACCUGGUUCAUAAUGGACAGGUCAUCCAAGGGAGUCAGCGGGAAGUUUCCUUCUUCAUGGAAAAAAUUUCAGAAUGCGGUCAAGAGAUGUUAAAAGUAUACAUUAAUGCUGCCGAGAACGUGGAAGUAGUCAUGUCUGCAUUAGCAUUGAAGCUUUCAGAGGUGAUUGCUCAAGCGUGCAGAGGAUUGCUGGGAAAUACCGUCUUCUACAUUCCUGAGAUACUUCGUUGCGACCCAACUAUGAUAAGCUCCAUUCUAGAUAAGUUUAAGAUUCGCUCAGACGACUCGUAUGAUGCAGGAAACGGAAAUCUACUCCCAGAGCCAGGUAGCUUCAUUCCUCUAAGCCUUCACAAUCUCCUGAAUCCUGCUUUUAAAUCCUUUCUUCCUGGAGAAUACGUUGGUUACGAGUUGGAUGAUCCAAGUCUUCAACUUCAGGAAGGAAAUGCUACCUUCAUCUACGCUGUGAUUCUUGAAGAAGUGACCACCGAUAGUCUCAGCCUUCUGACUAAACGUUUCAAAAUCAACAUUGGGCACGAGAGGGAACCAGAAGUUGUAGAGGCUUCAGAAUUAUACCAAUUUCACCGUUUUCGAGAAAUAGCACCUUCUGCCAUUGUUCAGUCUGACCAACAAGGGGACCCCCAGUCUACAAUGGAUAAAGAGCAGAUAUUAAACUUAAUUUCAAAUAUGAUUGAAGAAGCUUGGGGACUAUCGGAAGAAAUGAAGAAACAGGUUUUUAAGCGCCUCAUCCUACAGUGGCACCCAGACAAGAAUCCAGGAAACGAAGCACUGUGCACAGAGGUUUUUCAACACAUUAUGAGUGAAAUUGAAAGAGUAGAAAAGGGAGAGCCUCGUAGACGCGAAGGAUGCACCCCACAAGGCUGGACUUACCAAGGGUCCUAUGGUGCUUUCUUUCAAUGCUGGGGAGCGCGUGCAAGGCGAUAUAAAUCAGAUCGUCAAGAGUACAGUGAAAGCUUUGCCAGGUACCAUGGGUCGUGGAGUCGUAGUUCAUGGUCAGGAUAUGUUCCUCCCAGCUUCUGUGCUACAAAUCCCCAGCCAGCAGAGGCACGGCGCUGGUUCAGACAAGCCGAAGCUGACUUAGCUGCCGUCGAUAACGACAUGAGUAGUGCAAAACCGUCAUAUGUGUGGGCUUGCUUCAAAUGCCACCAAGCUGCAGAGAAAGCAUUGAAGGCUGCCCAAUAUUCUGUGGACUCUAACAAGACCAAUAUUCACAACCUGCUGCAAAAUUCCCUCGCACUGAAAGAUUCUAAUCUGACUUCGAUGUCAAGUCAUCUUGAGUCUCUCCUGGGUGACUCAACACGCAUGCGCUACCCGGACCAAGUUUGCUGUCCUCGCAUACCAAGUGACAUUUACACUCACGAAAUGGCCUGCGAGGCAUUGCGAUUAGCCACCAGGAUACUUGAUAAUGUGAGAGGCAAAGUCCAAUAAGGAGGACCUACUCUUUCCAUCCAAUUACAAAGACGUUUUGAAGAGAUUUCAAAUUUUAAAUGCUUACACUCAGUAAAACGAUAAAGAUUAGUCAUACUUGCGUUAUAAUAGUUUCUUUGUUCCAGCGAUGGCCUACAAAAUUAGGCAGAUAGGAUAUAAUACACACAUUUAAGUAAGCGAUGAACGAACAACAGCGAUAUCAUGAUAAUUGGUAUUUUUUCAUUGUAGUUUCAGCGUUGUUUUUUUUUCUGUCAAGCAUCAAUAUUAGGUAAUUGUUUGUUUUUUUAAUUUUUUGGAAAGCGUGGAAUUAAAGGUGAUUGCAGAACAUCAUUUGAUAACAAGCUUGUCUUUCCAGAUCAUAAAAACUGAUGUUUCCUUAUGUAUGGCAUUAGUUCAAUUUUCACGUUAUCGGGCUUCAAGUUAGUCUUAGUGCAAUGGCUCUGUAAUUACUGUUUAAAUAUGAAUCAGUAUAUUCUUAGACUCGAGUAGACUUUCUAACACUUUUACGCAAGACCCCAGUAGAAAUUCCAGUACAGCUAUUUAAAGUCCGUGGAUCCAUGCAGGUUCAUUUAUGAACGCCUUUCAACAGUGUUGUAAACUUAAUAUUUUUAUGCCCAAACAGUACAAUUAAGUUAGAGUGCGUACUCCUUGCAAUUACAAUUCGUUAAAAGGGACACGUGAAAACUGUAAGACUGAUAAUAAACAGAUUAGAAUUGCAUUU